UUAGUGACUAAUUAAAAUGCACACCAAGUUUAUUGGUUGAAAACACACAUCAGAUCUUAAAACACAAGAAACAUGGGGUGUUCUCCAUCAAAGAUUAACAACAUAGAAACUAUAAAUCAGUGCAAAAAAAGAAAAACAUUUUUGAAACAAUCAAUCUCUGCUUGUAAUGCAUUUGCCAAUGCCCACUUUGCGUAUGUCACUGCCCUUAAAAACACUGGUAUCGCCCUUAGUGACUAUGCCCACGAUGAGCUCCAAUCCAACGACGAUGACCUCUCUCGUGUGCCUCCACAUCCGUCUUCUUAUGAUACUCUUUGUCUAACGAAGAAAGAUGUGGCGUGGGACUUUUUUUCUACGUUGAUGGAGGAUGUGAGAUUGGUUGAAGUUGACGAUAAUCAAGGUAGUAGUAGAAUCGAGAUACCAAUGAGUCGGAAAAUUCAAAGUGAUCAACAUGGUGUUCACAAGGAAAGCAAGAAAAGGCCUUCUCCCGUUAGAUCAUCAUCCAAUAAUGUGGAGAAUUCAAAGUUGUUGGAUGUAUUCACAGAACUUGAUGAUGGUUUUCUUAAAGCUUCCGAGAGUGCCCAUCAAGUGUUAAAGAUUCUCAAGGCCAAUGAUCAGUUGCACCACCACUCGAAUUUAGCCAAUAAUCAAGGCCAUAUUAAUCAUUCUACACGGGUCAUGCGCGUCAUCACAUGGAACAAGUCAAUUGAAAGACCACAAAUCGCCAAUGUUGUGAAGGGUGAGUUUGCUUCAAAAGGGAAAGAAAGUCUUGUUACACUAUUAGAUAAGAUGCUAGCUUGGGAGACAAAGCUAUAUGAUCAAAUGAAGACUGGUGAAGCUAUGAAAUUUGCAUACCAGAAAAAGGUUGCUUCACUAGAUAAACUUAAAAAGCGUGGCGCUAGCACUGAUGUAUUGGAACGAACAAAAGCAACUGUAAGUCAUAUGCACACAAGAUACAUCGUCGACCUACAGUUCAUUGAUUCAACCAUUGCAAAAAUCAUUCGCCUUCGUGAUCAACAGCUAUACCCCAAACUUGUUCAGCUUGUUAAAGAGAUUGGAAUAAUGUGGGAGAAUAUGCGAAAGCAACACGAACACCAAUUGAAGAUCGUGCAGGCGUUACAAAAUAUUGAAAUUUCGCAAUUGGCAAAAGGAUCGUUAUGUGAGUGCAAUAUGAUUAACACGCAACUACUUCAAUUUCAUUUGAAGGUUUGGUGUUGUGAGUUUGAAAAACUCAUCCAACACGAGAAAAUCUUCAUCAAGUCACUUAUGUAUUGGCUAAAACUUAACCUAGUUUCGUUGGACAACAAUAGCUCAUCUGCGAAACAUACUCAAAAUCGCAAGAUGGUGACAUUGUUAUGUACAUGGCAAGAAAAAUUGGAGAAGCUGCCAGAAGAAGAAACAAAAACGGCGAUAAACAAAUUGGCAUGUAUGAUAAAUACUAUGGUUGAGUAUCAGUCAGAAGAGAAGAGGCUCAAAAACAUAUGUGAAGAAACGCAACAAGAAAUAAUAAAGAAAUCACGUAAGUUUGAAGAAUGGUGUGACAAAAAGAUAUCAAAGAGAACAACACAUACAGACGAGCUGGAUGAUAUAGAUGUAAUGGAUGAUAUGGAGGCGAUUGCUGAGCAACAGGUUGUGACUGAGGCGUUGAAGAAACGAUUGGAAGCGGAAGAAAAAAUGUAUCGUCGGAAAUGUGUUGAAGUGAAGGAGAAAUCAUUGAUCAAUAUGAAAAAUGGGUUGCAGGAUGUUUUUAGGGCCAUGUAUGAAUUUUCUUGUGCUUGUUCAUGCAUGUAUGGAAGCUUGAAUUCAAAUGCAAGUUUCUAAGUAUUAUCUAAACAAAAACUUAUCUAUUAUAAUAAA